AUGUUGUCGAGUACUGCAUAUUUAUUACUAGUAAGUAUAGCGACGAAAGUGAAAAGUGAUGAAGUUAGUCAGGCUAAAUGGAGUGACUUGCAGAAUAGUAGUAUAAAAAUCCCUAUAACUGAAUACUGUAAGAAUAAAACUUGUCUAGUGAAAUGUUGUCCUGAUGGACGUGUCAUGAGCAGUAGUGGAAUUGGACCUACAUGUGUUCACCUACGAGUAAAUUAUACUGCGUUUAACAAAUAUAUUCAAGACCAUUCAUCGAGAGAAGUGAAAUUUAUUCAAAAUGAAAUUUUUUCAGACACUAAUAAAACUAUUACAUUAAUGGACUCUGACAUUUAUAUUUCAAAGGAUGGUUCCUUAAAGUCUCAAAGCUACAACCGAAAAAGCCUUGAAUAUUGUGUAGAUUUCUAUUACGAAGGAGAUAAGUCUAGUUCAAUGUUAGUGUUCAGAAUUAUACCAGAUCCGUUUGACCAACAUGCAAAUAGACAGGAGUUUUAUGUUGCAGCAGCAAUUUUGAUCUCAUCUCUUUUAACGCUGUUCAUGACGUUAAUGUACGCCGUGCUUCCAAGACUGCAACACCUGACAGGCAUGAUGUUCACGACGUCAUUAAUUUCUCUACUAGUUGGUUUCGUUAUAAAAUUGAUAACACUUAUUUAUACUACUCUUGAUAUAACACUUGGUGAUACUGCAAGUCUAACAGUCUACUACUUUCUUUUAUCCUGUUGCUGUUGGUUAAGUUUGACGCCGUAUGACUUAUGGUUUACUUUAAGGCAUAGCCGCCGCCCUGCUCGCUUUGGAUGGGUACGUCGUCGCCCUCAUCGGGAGGCACUACUGAAAAUGAUUUGGGCCUGUUCAUAUGGAUGGGGGGUACCUGCGCUAUUGACAUUAUAUAAAACUAUUAAUGAUAAACAAACUCAGUACAACAAUGUGUCCUACAAACCUCUCUUUGAAAACCAUGCGUACGGUAUGCACGAAGCUGUUAUAUGA